CCUAAAUCUACAGUAUUGCUAUCACCGCACACUGACAGUUCAACGCCAUUUUCACGUCUGCUCCACAGGUCCCUGAUUGCUCUCUGAUUGCACCCUGCCACCGCCAUUCAAAAUGUUCUCCGUUGCGAGCACCAUCACCAUUGCCCUCGGCCUCCUAAGCGUGCCUUCAGUCGCACAGCAGACCGCUGCAGCGAAGUGUGCCCCGGCCGGCGCCGUUCAUGGCAUUUUCUUAAGAGGCGAGAGCUUAGCAGAUGAUGGUGACCCAUCGCCAUUGAAUGUAUUGUAUCAAUUAUCCGACGACUUGUACCGCCGUCUUCCAGGUUCGACAGUGCUCGGCCUGAGGUACGACUUCACAAACUCGAACAAACUCGCUGCUGCGCACAAUGGUUCUGCAAUGCUCCAGCAAUACGUUGCCGAUUAUGCUGCCAGCUGCCCCGACUCUAAGAUCUCGCUCAUGGGCUACUCCUUGGGAGCAGUUGCCGUUAUGGACGCCAUCUGUGGAACCGGGCAGAUUGGCACGAUUCCAAUAACAGCAAUGGACUCGAAAUACAACAAGAAUGUGGCCGCGAUUGUCGCAUAUGGAGACGAAACACAUGCCCCAAACCAGCCUUGGAACGUCGGCAAUUGUACCAACGGCGUUGGUUACCUCCCCCGCUUUGUGAACUUGGGAUGCGCGCCCUUCGCUAAAGCCAUGCGCAGCUAUUGCGAUUAUUACGAUGAGCAAUGCUGCAGCUACAUGCCAAACAACGGAAACCAGGGCCACCAUAGCUAUAUGACAAAGUACAAUGGCGACGUUGUAAACUUCAUCGCUUCCAAGGUCGGAAAAUAGAGGCAGGCACGGCAAUGACUUAACGCAGCGGUCCAAUGAAACCUGAAGAAUGUUCGUAUCCGAGAUGACCUAUACACAUUCGACUCCAUCCAUGUUGUGAUAUUUUGAACACCAAGCCUCUGUUCCAGAUGGCCAUGUAAAAGCAUUUAAAAAUAAUACAUCAUUCCAGAC